GUGUGAGCUGCUUGAACCCAAGUAUCGAUUGCAUCGCAUUUUCUGAUUGGAAAACAUGAAAACUAUCUGUCACGCACAUAACACACUACAAAUCACAGCCAUUUGUUUCAAACUUCUAUCAUCGAUCCCAAUCAUUUAUGCACACCUGUUUGGUUGUGUGCGUUCUUCAGUCCGGUACAAUCAGUACAGUUAGUACAAUUUAUGCAGUCGGUACAGUCAGUACAAUUGCGACAUCCCUCACAAUUAUCGCAGCCGGUGCAAUUCUGGCAGUAACUGCUACUUUCGCAAUCCGUGCAAUUCUGACAGUAUGUAGAGUCUUUACAGCGCGUACAAUUACGACACCCAGUACAGUCUUUGCAAUCUGUACAGUUUCGGCAGUCCUUGCAGCCAGUACAGUUGGUGUUAUUAUGAUUACCGUCGCCAGAGCCCGAGGAAGGUACUGCGCGGAGUGACGAUUCACCACAACCCAUGUUGAACGUACUUUCUGGGCUUACAAUGAGAGAAUAAGAGUUCAAUAAGACUACGAAGU